AUCAGCAUUAAACCGUCAACAAGACCAAAACAAAAUAACAAAAUCGAAAAGAAUCGUGAUGUGGAUCAUUUUCAGAAAUAAUAUCUGUUUUUAAGUAAAUUUGCGUUAGAUUGGCGUUCAAAUCUUCAGAGCGUAUACAGAAAUGUCAUCUGCUACGGUCCCUUUGCUUGAUGACACCGUGCCCUUCGGCGACGAGGAAGAACUCAACGCCAAUGGAACUCCAAAGCGCUUGAGCCAUCCGUAUAUGACUUUCUUCCACGUCUUCUUCCGCGGGGCUGCCCUGGCGACGUACCUUUUUUGGACCCUAUUCAAUGAUUCUUUCAUCAAAUGCUUUCUGCUGGUGGUGUUUUGGCUUUCGGCAGAUUUCUAUUUGGUGAAGAACCUAAGCGGCCGACUUCUGGUGGGAAUGCGUUGGUGGAACUACGUCGACGACGACGGCCGUUCCCAUUGGGUGUUUGAAUCAAAAAAAGGUGAAACCGGUUACGAAUCUAGGGUUAAUCCGCAUGAAGCGCGAAUUUUCUGGACCGCUCUGGUGGUCUGCCCCGUGCUUUGGGGCUUGUUCUUCGUAGUGGCGCUGUUCGGGUUCAAGUUCAAGUGGAUGCUACUGGUCAUGAUUGCACUGUCUUUAAAUGGAGCAAAUCUGUAUGGAUACAUAAAGUGUAACUUUGGAGCCAAUGCUAAUCUUAAAGCUACGACAACUGAUUUUGUUCGAAGCCAAAUGCUGAGAAAUGCCGUCAAUUUUAUGAGCCAACCAAGCACCAGCUCGGCUCCGAGAAGUACUACAGUAGCUUAAACUAAUAUAUAGUGCAAAUAUAUAAUAAACUGUCUAUUUCUUCUUUGAAGACAAAUGAAUGUAUUUUUAUGGUACAUGAUAGGACUGUAAGAAAUUCUGCGAAAUCGCGUCCGCCAAAUUCGCAAUAAAAACAUUGUAUUCAAACCAA